AUGGAAACCAUUGCAUCCGAUGAAAGACAAACCAAAGUAGAUCAGGAGCAACAAAAGUUGAUAAUGUACCAGCAGCAGGAAGACAAUAUUCAUUCUCUGGAAUCAAAAAUAACUGAGCUGUCUGAAUUAUUGGAAGUGGGUAAAGAAACUGAAAAGGAGGAUCGUAUUCGUCUGAAUGAAAUGAAAGAAAGACUGUCUCAGCUAGAAUCUGAGAAUAAAAUACUCAAGGAUGCCAACAUCCUAAACAACUGUCUUGAAGACUGUAUCCAUGAAGUUUCUAUGCGACCGGAUACUAAGGACAUAGGAUUACAGACUGAGGUAGUGGAUGAUAUACUGCUGGGACACUCUUCUAUGAAUAAAGUUAAUAGUCAAGGGACACAGUAUAUGUCUCUUAAAAUGACUGGCACAGUAAUAUGGUUCCAUGUGAAGAAAGGCUAUGGCUUCAUUAAAAGGCAUGACACCGGAGAAGACAUAUUUGUACAUUGGACAUCCAUAAGGAAUAAUAACCCCCUUAAACUGUUGUACAGUGUAGGAGAUGGAGAGAAAGUAGAAUUUGAAGUGUUGGAAGGGGAAAAGGGUGUACAUGCAGCAAAUGUGACUGGCAUAGGUGGAGUGCCAGUAAAAGGGAGUCGAUUUGCUCCAAAACGAAAAGGAUCAUGCAGUUAUUGUUAUCAGUCACGAGAUAAAGCGGUUGAUGAAGGAAGUGCAUAUUCAGAACAAAGGCAAGGGAGAGAUCCAGCUCCAUGUCAUCCUUCUGCAACCUUACAUUACCAACGUUUCUCGAAAUUCAAAGGUAGAGUAAAUCAGUCCCAGGAUCAAGAAACAGCAAAUUCAGAUGCUAAAGACUUGAUAACUUUAGAAGCUUCGUCAGAGGAAGAACAUAGUCUCAGUGACAAUCGUAGUGAAGAACAUGAUCCCUUUACCCUAGCCAAAUAUCUUAAAUUUUCCAUCCAAAGUCCAGUACUAAAGGAAGGCAAUAGGUCAGGUGUAGAAGAACAAGGGAAACCAGCACGAUCAGAGAACACUAUCCCAGGGAGGCAUGAAGGCUAUGUAGUUCCAUCUCUCCCUAGUUGGCCAACAGUCAAAAUGAUUGAGAUGAGGUGGCUUGCUAAUGGAUGUGAAUGA